GUGCGGAAGCCAUUUCAGAUUGAAUUAACUAGGCAGAUGCCAACUAGACAUCUUAAAGACGGCGUUAACGUCUAUCAAACUGCUGGAAAAAAAUGCAAAUUUUUUAAGCUCUUUCGGUCACGCGCCUCUAGUGGGACACAGUGUUUGUUCCUGCAUUUGGGCAUCAUGACCUGCGUGCAUCUAUUGUUGACUUUGGUCUUUGCUGUGAGUUUGGGGACACCUGUAGAAGUUCAUCGACCACGAGGAGUACCACUGUCAAAGAAGCCGUUUUAUGAGGAGAACAAGCCUUUCACCUGCCUCGAUGGAUCCAAGACUAUUCUUUUUGACCAAGUGAAUGAUGACUACUGCGACUGCAAAGACGGUUCAGACGAGCCAGGCACUGCUGCUUGUCCCAAUGGCAAAUUCCAUUGCACCAAUGCUGGUUACAAACCCACCUUUAUCCCAUCCUCUCGUAUUAAUGAUGGCAUCUGUGAUUGCUGUGAUACUACUGAUGAAUACAACAGUGGAGCCAAAUGUGAAAAUACCUGCAAGGAACUGGGACGUAAAGAGAGGGAGGUCCUACAAAAGAUGGCUGAGAUCACCAAAGAGGGCUUCCUCCUCAAACAGCAGCUCAUUGAGGAGGCCAAGAAAGGAAGAGGAGAAAAGCAGAGCAAAGUGACUGAAAUGCAGGACAAUAAGAAACAGCUUGAGGAGAAGGUUGAAGCACUGAGGACAGUGAAAGAAACAGCAGAGCAGCCUGAGAGGGAAGCUAAAGAGCGCCAUCUCAAGGCCUGGGAAGAACAAAAGGCAGCUAUUCGCUUGGUGAAAGACAAAGCUAAAAUGGCUGAAGCCUUUUUAGAGCUGGAUGAUAAUGCAGAUGGCUUAGUGUCAGUCUCUGAGCUUCAGUCUCAUGCAGAAUUGGAUUCAGAUACUGAUGGCACACUUUCUGAAGCGGAAGCCAAGGGGCUGAUGGGAGGAGUCGAACAAGUGGAUACAGCAACAUUUGAGUCCGUUUGGGAAAACAUUAAAGACAAGUACCACUCUGAGUCGCAGCCUGAAGAACCUGCACCAGUGGAAACCCCUGUAGAUGAAGUGAAGGAGCCAGUUGUAGACAAUGAAUCUGAGCCGUACCCAGAAGACAUCUCUGAGGAAGAAGAUGAGGACGAUGAUGAUGACGAUGAAUAUCAUGAAGAGGACGAAAAGGCGCCACCCACCAUGAAGACUCCAGAGAAGAGUCAAGAAGAUGAAGAAGCCAUGCCACCCUACGAGGCGGACACCCAAGUGCUUAUUGAAGCUGCUCAAAAGGCCAGAGAUGAUUUUGAGGAGGCUGAAAAAGCACUUCGGGAAAUGGAUGAUCAAAUCAGAAACAUUGAAAAAGAGCUGUCCUUUGAUUUUGGCCCUAACGCCGAGUUCACAUACCUGUACAGCCAAUGCUACGAGCUCUCGACUAGCGAGUACAUAUACAGACUCUGUCCUUUCAACCGUGUUUCACAGAAACCCAAGUUUGGAGGAUCAGAAACCAACCUUGGGACAUGGGGAAGCUGGUCAGGGCCUGAAAAUAACAAGUACUUGUCGAUGAAGUACGAGCACGGCACUGGGUGCUGGCAAGGUCCAAACAGAUCAACUACAGUGAAGCUGACUUGUGGGAAGGAGACCAUGUUGACCUCCACGUCGGAGCCCAGUCGCUGUGAAUACCUAAUGGAGUUCAUCACUCCUGCCGUGUGCCAAGAGCCAAGCAACAUUGACCUCUCGGCACAUGGACACACGGAACUCUAGACCCCACAGUCUGCUUGUUGAUGCACGGUUGUUGCACUGUGGGAACAUUUUCUCUGUUCGAGCUGUUUGAGAAACUUCUAUUAGUUUUGCAGUUUGGAUGUUGGGGGAGCAUUUAAUAACUUGUAAUUUUUGUUUUUGUUAUUUUAACUGGUGUAAAUCUGUUCUUUUCACAUUCCAUGAAUAUUGUAUGAUGUUUAAAUAAAUCCAAUUUGACAUCUGAAACAGUUUUUUGUUUUGUUUUGUGAUAUGAGUCCCUAUACACCCUGUAGUGUAUGAAUUAUUAUUAUUAUUAUUAUAAUUUUAUUUUUAUUUUUUUGUCAUCCAGAAUUAAUGUCUGAUUGUCCUUCCCCCUCCACUAUUUUAAUACAAACAUAAAUAAAUAAAUAAAUAAAUAAAUGUCAAAGCAUA